UACCCAACAAACUUCAAGUCGAACAUGGACACGGCCAACAUCGACGUCCUCAAUACACUGCUCGAUAAGGACAUUGGCGUGUCAGAGAAAAUCAGAGAACAGGUAAAGGAACUCGAUAAAAAGGUCCGCACAAUUGUUGGUAUACUGGGCAAAAUCCACUCUACACCGUCCAACUCGAUGGGACCUCUUCUCGACUCCGUGGAGCCUGUUCUAUACAGCUGCAGAGAAAUCCUCUCCGCCAUUGCCUCUGCAGUACCACCAGAUCAAUUUUGGCGAUGGAAGGAAAUGUGGUCAAACGAUAUUCGCAGCCUCGUCUUCGCUGCCGCUCUGAUCGAAUUCCUCAAGAAUGGCGGUCUUCUCUCUGUUUCGCAGACUUCAGAGACCCUUGGAAUCCAAGAGGAGUGGAAGGAUCGUUUCGUUCUAUCUGUUGAGGAUUAUCUCCAUGGCUUGAUAGGGAUGGUCAACGAAUUGUCCAGAUACGCUGUUAACUCCGUUACUCUUGGCGACUUCCAAGAACCAAUGAAGAUCUCGACCUUUGUGAAAGAUAUAUUCUCAGGCUUCACAAUGUUGAACCUAAAAAACGACUCUUUACGCCGGCGUUUCGACAGUCUGAAAUAUGAUCUAAAGAAAAUUGAAGAAGUGGUGUAUGACGUCUCGCUGCGGAAACUCGUCGAGUCGUAA